AUGAAUGGAAAGGAAAUUGGAUUUUACAUGGGAUGCUGGAGACUGAUGUUGCUGUCUAUCAUCUUGAUUCUGCACUUGAUUCCGUUUGCACAUGGGAAUUCCGUGGUCGGAAAUGUUACUGAGUCAGACAACCCCAUGAACAUGACAUCACAGCCAGCUGAGGGUGACAAAAUGGAGGAGGUUGCUGGUGUCACUGGUUCAUCCAAUACCAUAACCCUAACUCUGAGAGCUGCACGUAAGCCCCGAGAUGGUGAGGAGGUUGGGAGUGGUAUGCUUGAAGAGAGCAUUCCUCUGGUCCCCGGAAGUCCAAACAAGGAGACGGUAGGUCAAGGAAGCCCAGACAUCAGCCCGGACUCAGCCGAGACUGAUCUCUUGCUCCCUCAUGAUCAUACCAAUGAGUUUAUGGAGGAGGAGGACCUGAGACAACGUGUGCACACUGACCCUCCAUGGCAGACUGCAAAAGGCAACAUGGAAACCACUGUCUUCGACCUGGACCGUCAGACACCCCCCACCACUCCUUCCCCAGUCCUUCACCGCUCUCACCCCGACGUCCUCACCGUUGAUUUCCUUGACCCAGGCUCCCAUCGCAGGGACCUCGUCCCACCUUCUCCGUCAGCGCACGAGCUCCAGGGACGUGACCCCACCUGGUCGAUGCCCGAGAACUAUGACUACCUCACCCCUUACGAUGAUGGUGUCUCAACCACUCCGGACGAGUACUCUUACAGCACUACCACUGAUACAUAUGAUGAUGACCUCACUACCACAGCUCCUACCAGGCCUUUCCGACCUCGUGUCCCAAGCUUCUACACCCCUGAUGAAACGCUCCCCAGUGGGGCUGCCGAGGGAGAGGAUCCUGCCGCUUCUCCAGGCGUGGCUGGUGGCACCACCGGCUCAGGCUGCCGUCCGGGCUACGUGCAGAGCAAUGGUACUUGCAGGUCCCCCUGUGACUUGCUGCCCAACUACUGCUUUAAUGGGGGCCAGUGUUACUCUCUGGAUGGAACUGGAGUCUUCUGCAGGUGUAACAUACAGGACUACAUCUGGCACAAGGGUGCGCGGUGUGAGUCGGUGAUCACUGAGUUCCAGGUGCUGUGCAUCGCCAUCGGGGCGUCGGCUCUCAUGGUUCUCCUGCUCUUCAUGAUCAUCGUCUGCUUCGCCAAGAAGCUGCACGUGCUCAAGACCGAGAACAACAAGCUGCGCAAACGCAGCAGUAAGUACCGUCCUUCCUCGGAGCAGCACAAUGAUAAUUUCUCGUUGUCCACCAUCGCUGAGGGCUCCCACCCAAAUGUAAGGAAACUGUGCGACACCCCUCCUAACCUCCCUCAUGCCCGUGCUUUGGCUUACUAUGAUAACAUUAUCUGUCAGAAAACCAUGAGCAGAUACACCUGGGAGUGUAAGACCAAAGAGGAGCCCGACUGUGAGGAUGAUCCUAAUGCCCAGAACAAGCUGGAGGACCCCGUGAAGGCUCCCGCUCCCAAGGAGGACGAGACAUUGAACAUCCAGAACUCACUCACCCCCAAGCACGAGAACCACAAGGUGCUUGGGGAGGAGAACUCCUCGGAGGUAAAUUCGCUGCAGAACAACAUGAUGUAG